UUGUGGGAUGUGGGAUGUGGGAUGGAGAGAGACUUUGGACAAGGGCAUGGAGUGACAGGACAAAGGGGAAUGGCAAUGGCUUCAAGCUGACAGAGGGCAGGGUUAGAUUACAUAUUAGGAACACAUUUUUCCCUUAAGGGUGGUGAGGCCCUGGCACAGGUUGCCCAGAGAUGCUGUGGCUGCCCCAUCCCUGGAAGUGUCCAAGGCCAGGUUGAAGCAAAUUUGAAUAGUAGAAGGAGCAACCAUGGCAGAGGGUGGAACUGGAUGGUUUUUAAGGUCUUUUGCAACCCCACUCCAUGACUCUCUGAUUCUAUGCUCCGAGAGGGGUCUUGGAGGCAGAAACCAUGUGAGGUCUGAGCCCACAGCCCCACUCCCAGGGUGAUGGCAGCAGCAGGCAGAGGUGAGCAUGGCCAGAGCAGGGCCAGCUGUGUUUUGGGGUCCCUGUCAGCUUGGGAGGUCAGGAAGGCACUGCUGGAGACACAGACAGAGCAGACGGCAGCAGGGAAGGUACAGAUGAGUCACAGACCUGCGGCGUGGGGAGCCGGGGCUCUGCGUGGCUGCUGCAGUGACAAGGCACACACAAAAAAGCCCUGUCACGACGAGUGCAGUGUGUAGCUGCCCACCUACAGCAUGUGGAGCUGUACCAAGCAUGGCUCUGUGCUGGCUCCCCACUGGGAUCCCCCUGUGCCAUGCCAGUGUGCCUCUGGCACAGCCCAUGGCGCCACGUGCAUGGACAGAGGGAGGGGACAGAGGGGCUGUUGGUGGGAGGCUGGAGGGGUCAGUGGUGUGGCCACAGGCAGGGGUCUAAGGAGGGAUCCCCCAAGGAGGUCCCCCUGCCAUGGGCAGAGACACAUUCCACUAGAGCAGGUUGCUCCUGAGAGGGUCCAAAGGCAGGAUUGGUACGACGCAGGGAAAGACGGCUUCAUUGACCUGAUGGAGCUGAAGCUGAUGAUGGAGAAGCUGGGGGCUCCACAGACACACCUGGGCCUGAAGAACAUGAUCAAGGAGGUGGAUGAAGACCUGGACAGCAAGCUCAGCUUUCGAGAGUUCCUGCUGAUUUUCCGGAAGGCAGCAGCAGGAGAGCUGCAGGAGGACAGCGGGUUGCACGCCCUGGCCCGGCUCUCCGAGAUCGACGUCUCCACGGAGGGGGUGAAAGGCGCCAAGAACUUCUUCGAGGCCAAGGCACAAGCCAUCAACGAAGCCAGCCGCUUUGAGGAGGAGAUCAGGGCGGAGCAGGAGGAGAAGAAGAAGCAGGCGGAGGAGCUGAAGCAGAGGAAGGCGGCCUUCAAGGAGCUGCAGUCCACCUUCACACAGUGACGGGGCUGGGCAGGACUGGUCAGCGGUGCCCGGGCUGGGAACGCUGCAUGUGCCACGUGACAACGGUGCCGGGAGCGAUGCCAGAGCCACGUGCUGCUCCGGCUGCCAACGAGAUCCCGGCGCGGGCUCGGCACAGCGCCCACCUUGCUGGCAGAGCCCGGUCGGCCCCAGCUCCCCCCUCCCCUCUUGCUGUGGUGUCUGUAGGUGUUGUUCGUGCCCCCUCCCAUCCCCAGCAUGCCCCCCACCCUGAGCAGCCCCUGUUCCAUGCCCGCAGCUGCGCCGGGGGUUGCUGCUGCUGAGUCCCAGGGGAGCCGUGUCCAGAAUGCCCGUCCCUGGGACACCUGUGCCUGGACUGUUGUCUGUUGUGUGUGUGCUGGGAAGUUUGCAGGAUGGGGGCUUGCCCAGGUGGCCGUGGUGGGUGUUGUGGUGGCCGCACUGGCUCAGUGUCUGUCGGUAUUGCCACAUGUGACACGGGUGACAAAGGCUGUGGCGAGGGCCAGGUGCUGGCAGACGGGCUCUGUGUGUGUGUGUGUGUGUGUGUGUGUGUGUGUAUGUGUGUGGUGCUGGGGGGUGGGUGCCCACCCUGCUGGCAUGGAGCCCCCAGGAGCUGUGUCUCUCUUUGUUUUGGUCGAAGACAUGCAGAAAGGCAGCUGCUGGCUCGUGGGGCUGUAUUAUGUUUUUUCAUGUUGUAUUCAGCCUGGGAGGGUGAGCGUGGUGGCCACAACUGGUUGCCAUCAUCAUCAUUGAGGCUCCUGUGUUGGUGGGUGGCUGUAAAGACCCACAUUUGUCCCACACUGUCCCCUGAGUGGCAAUAUAGGGGGUGUGUUAUGUUUUUUUUAAUUUAAUCCCAAAUAAAUAUUAUAUUUCUUAA